AGAUAUGGGCUCUGGAUUGGGCCCGGGGGGCAACCAGCCAUUAUUGUUCUCACCGCUUCUGUAAUUACUAAUAGAAUUGGAUUAAAACAUUCUCGUUUAUCAACUCCUCUGCGCAUCUCUCUUCUCGCUGCUAUUAAGAUUAAGAUGGCAUUGCGAAGGUUGGGUUCGCGUGGAUCGGUCGGAAUACUUUCUAAUAUCGGUCAAUCUCUUCUACAGAAUUUAUCGUUCCGUUGCCAAAGGGUGCAAUGCCUUCGAAUUGGUAAUGCUGAAAUCCCAAAUGAAAAACGGUUGAGGUAUGCCCUUCAGCAUAUUCAGGGAAUUGGCCGCCAAAGAGCUCACAAAAUCCUUGUCGACCUAAGCCUAGAGAACAAGCCUGCCAAGGACUUAACUGGAUUUGAACUUCACUCUCUUAGAGAGGAAGUCUCCAAGUACUUGAUCGGAGAUGAUUUAAGGCGACAUGUUAAAGCUGAUAUAGAGAGAUUGGUAGGUAUUCAGUGCCACAGAGGAUUUAAUCAUGUUUGCAUGAUGCCAUGCAGAGGACAGCGCACUAAAACCAAUGCCCGGACUAGGAAGGGACAAAGAAGAGGCAAUCUGGAUGGACGUCUAUCUCUAGCUGAAUCGAUACAAAGACGUCAAGAAAGAGGAGAGGUGAAGUUAUUUGCGUUCAAGUUAUUAUUUCAACAAAUAGAAAAAAUGGCACAAGCACUGGCAAUGCCCGUGGCACCCUCACUUUCAGUUAUAUGCAACAACCGGCGAAGUAAUUCUCUCUUUGCCUUCGUCUCUCUCCCGAUCGCAAGCCCUCCUAAGGUCCAUGGUUUAAGCAUCCAAUGUGCUCGUGUAGGAGGUGUGGAGAUUCCUAAUAACAAGAGAGUUGAAUACUCCCUUCAGUAUAUCCAUGGCAUUGGCCGGUCUAGGGCUCGCCAAAUCCUUGCUGAUCUCAGUUUUGAGAACAAAAUCACUAAGGACUUAUCCGAGGAGGAGCUUAUUACUCUUCGUGAUGAGGUCUCCAAAUACAUGAUUGAAGGCGAUUUAAGACGGUUUAAUGCUCUCAACAUAAGGAGGUUGAAGGAGAUUCAGUGCUAUAGAGGAAUAAGACAUAUUCAAGGUUUACCAUGUAGAGGACAGCGCACUAAGAACAAUUGCAGAACCUUGAAGGGUAAGAGAGUCACUGUUGCAGGGAAGAAAAAAGCUCCCCGAUAAUUCAAAUUUUGGUUGCAAUGCAAUCACUCUGUAGUCCUGGUACAACGACUUAAUGCAAUCGAGUUUCUACUUUAGGCAAGUGCUUGUGGUUUCCAUCCUCUUUAUUUCUCAGUUUUUAAUACUCUAAGUAGCCUGCUGCAUGCACUUUGUUGAUGUUCAUUAAUCAAUAUUGGGUGUUUUCGGCAUAGGUAUUUUGAUUCCUUAAUGAUGUUAUGAACACAACUGUAAACUAGCUAAACUUUCAAAACUGUAAUGUUUGUUGUUGAGUUGCUUGUACGUUUGCAGAUAAAAUUGAAAUUUGUUUGUGGAAGAUAGCAUGAGAAAUUUUAAAGAGAGCACAUGUUGGUGAUUUA